AUGAUGAAGAGAUUGAGCUGGGAAUUGAGGAAAAGACCAGCUCAACGAAACUGGAAAGAAUAUGCUAAUACAACAUUUGAGAGGAGCAGGACCAAUACAUGUUUCAACUGUGGGCGCACUGGACAUAUUGCUCGAAAUUGUAAUUGGAAUACUUGAAGGAAGAAUGAGAGUUGGAGAGGCAGAGGAG